AUGGUGAACACUGGGAUGCAGCUGAUCAGCUUCACCUGCGCGGUGACAGGUUGGAUCAUGGCCAUCGCGGUCACUGCUUUACCCCAGUGGAAAGUCUCGGCCUUCCUCGGCAGCAACAUCCUGACGUCGGAGAUCAAGUGGGAAGGCAUCUGGAUGAACUGCAUCUACCAGACCACCGGCCACAUGCAAUGCAAGACCUACGACUCCAUGCUGGCGCUGCCGCCGGACAUCCAGGCGGCGCGGGCGCUCAUGUGCCUGGCCAUCUUCAUGGGCUGGCUGUCCUGCACCGUCUCCUGCUGCGGGAUGAAGUGCACCACCUGCGCCGGAGACGACCGUCGAGCCAAGGCGGGCAUCGCUCUGGCCGGCGGAGUUCUUUUCAUCGUGACGGGCUUGUGCGUCCUGGUUCCCAUCUCCUGGACUGCCAACACCGUGGUGCAGGACUUCUACAACCCCAACGUGCCGCCGAUGCACAAGCGCGAGCUGGGCCAGGCCAUUUACCUGGGCUGGGCGGCCGCUGUCAUCCUGAUGAUCAGCGGAGCGGUCCUGAGCAGCACUUGCCCCCUGAUGGAGCAGAGUGGCAGGUACCGCAGAGGCUACGUCGGACGUAGCUUCGCCAACUCGCCGGCGUCUGAUCCUCCGAAACCCAUCGCUUCCAACAGUCUACCCAUGAAGGAGUAUGUCUGA